AUGGGAUAUAAUGAGGCACACUUCUACGCUUAUUACAAUUCCAGAUAUAUCCAGCUUGUAAAUCAAAACACCAUUCUGGCUUGCCAAGACCAGUACUUUGCAGGGGGUCAGGGCUAUGAUUGCCCAUACUUCUCCUCAACGUCAGCGGCCAGUGUUGAUGUUACCAAGGAUACUUGGGUUUCUCUCUGGGCUUCUGGUCUCCUGGACAACAGAUCAAGCAACCAGGGUCCCCAAUCCCACGGGCAGUCCUAUCUUGGCUGCAACCUCCAAGAGGACUACCUGUGGGGGGAUCAGCUGUCUAAUCAGAUGUUCACUAACAAACAGCUUCAGGACACUCUAGUCCAGAGGGAAGAGGAGCUGGCACGCUUACACGAGGAGAACAACAAACUAAAGCAGUACCUGAACUCCACCUUUGUAAAAUGCCUGGAAGAAAAGACCAAGAAGUUGCUGUCCAGCAGUGGUCUUGGAGCUCCUCUAAAGAGAAAAUGCAGAGCUAGCAGCCUUGCUUCUCCUGAGACCUCAGCUAAGAAGGUCAAAAGAAAUCUUUUUAGCGACUUCACUGCCUCUCAGGAGCAAUCCAACCCUUCUAUAGAAAAAUGGGUCCUGCAAACUCUUGGACUGAAGGAUGUCAACACCAUCGAUGACUCUGUUACAGCUAACUACAGUGCCAUAUCUACGGAACUUCUCCAUAGCCUGCCAGGAACAAACUAUGAGAGUACACAGGGAUCCCCAUCUUCUGGAUAUAGUACUAUCCACAUGACCCCUGUACAUAGCCAAGUUGGGAGUUCCUGCAGCAAUGACUCUCCUCAUAUGGCAGACUAUUCUCCUGCUUCCAGCUCUGCUUCCCUGGCAAAGAGUGAACCGGUUAGUCCCUUUGGUUCUCCAAUCUACUACACUCCUGAGGUUUCUCCCAACAAAACAGAAGUUGCCUUCUCAACCUCCUUGAACCCGCAUUGUAAUGUGAAGACCCACAGCUUCUCUAAUGGCCAGGCAUUUGUUCGAAGGGACAGUGAAGGAGGUUGGAAGUUUACAUGGGUGCCCAAACAGUCUGAAUAAGCCACUGGGAUAUCUUGUCCUAGAAGUUUACAGAACAUUUUUGCACUUGAUUUCCUCAUAAGAACGACCUUCUCAGGACUCAAGCAUGAUACAAUCCUUGUAGUCAGCCUACAACCCCUUGGACUGGUUGACACUAUAGGACUAUGGGGGGGGGGGGGGGGGGGGUCUUUCUUCGUUUACAUGUAUAUGUAUAUAGGUAUAGAUGAUAUUUUUUUCCAUGAAAAAGAUUUGCUCACAGUAUUUAUUUCUGUUGGAUUCCAAGUGCAAUUAAUGAUGCCAGUGCAGUUCUACUGACUUAGUUCUGGGUUUGCACCUUUUUGUUUUGCUGCCUGUAUGUGAUCACUGCCUUGUUUUUAUGUUACUAUUAAUAUGAAUUAGAGCUAUAAGAUUGACUUGAUAGCACUAGGCACUGACUUCCUGCUCCAGUUGUGCCAGUUUAUAGCCCCCACUCACUGCCUGGCUGGUAGCAGAGAUGUACAUUAAGAGGGGUGGAAAGGUCUUUUGUUUUCAUGAAUUGUGAUUGACAGGAUGGGUUCCCCUUUAACAAAAUUGACAAUACUUGUGCCAAGGGUAUUUAUAUACUGGUCAU